AUGCUUACAAAGCCUACUGACAAUUCUAUUCUUAAACCGAAUAGAUAGUUGACUGUUUUAUCAUUACUUCUUGUUAUAGCUCUAAGCACAGUAAAUUCACUAGAGAAGUAUGAGGUAUCUUAUCAAGAAGGCAGCUAUGCCAGAAUUGAAAUUGAAGGCAAAACUCAUAUUAAGUAUACUGUACAUCUACAGAAAGGCCAAUAUUUGGCAUUCGGUUAUGGCGUUGGCAUGAUGAAUGUAGACAUGGUGGUAUUCAAAUCAUCUACCGUACCUGAGGUGAUUGAUCUGUAUUCUUAUGAUGAGACUGUUCCUGCGACUGACUCAUAGCAGGACUAUUUGUAUAAUUAUACAUCAAACUCCACUCAUGUACAAUUCUAGGCUUCUCGGUUACUGGUGACAACUGACUCUAAGGACAAAGCAAUUAAAUUGCAUAAUGGCAGAGGUUCAUUUGAGGCUUAUGUUUCCAAUAAUGGAGACAUUCUCUUCCAGCGAGACACUUCAUCGACAGGAUGGGAUUAUCAAUUAAUGGCUAAAGUGCAUGGCUGGUUCCUUUGGGUCGCAUGGAGCGUUUUGGGGUUCAUAUAAAUGUCAGUGAAUCGCUACUUGAAAAUAUACUGGAAGAUAAACAUGUGGAUUCACAGAAUUGUGGGGACCUUGAUCUUCAUCCUUACUGUAAUAAUGUCCAUUAUAGGAUUAAGAAAUCACAAGUACAUCUUCUUCGGGCAAUAUGUGCAUCACAUUCUUGGCUUCAUAGUCUUCUUUGGUAUCACCUUGCUGGUAGCUGGAGGAAUAAUAACCAGAAGCAGGAUGGUCAGGCUGAGAUGGAAGACUUCAACUAUACUUAUUUUUAAAAAUAUCCACAAGAGUUAUGGAUAUUUAAUGCUGUGUAUUGGUCAGGCAGCAGUGCUCACUGGUGUUCUUCACUAUAAUGAAAGACAUUACCCAUAGUCAGAUCUCUGGAUUCCUAAUAUAGUGAUCUAUAUUUUACUUUGGGUUCUGAUUGAGAUAAUGUAUCAAGUAUUUCUGAGAAGAGAGAGUCCCUUUAAGAGUUCCAUGAUAAAAAUCACAGUCUAAGAGUUUGAGUCAAGAGUCUAGAGUGGCUAGAAACUAGUUCUAUUAGAUGAUUUUGUUUUGGAUGUUAGCAAGUACAUGCCCAAUCACCCUGGUGGCAAGUUCUCGUUAGAAGCUAAUAUUGGAAGGGAUGUAUCGAAGUUUUUCUACGGAGGUUACUCACUAGAAAACUAUACCAAACUUCCUCCACUUCACACACAUUCCAACAUGGCUCGAUAUAUCGUUAAUGGUCUUAUAGUUGCUUAGUUAGACAAUCUUGCUACAUCAUAGGUAGCCAAUAUGCGGAUAAAAUCUUCAAACAAUGUAAACAAGUUAACGCAGACAAUUAUAUUUGAGAGAGAAGAUAACUAGUAAGUAGGUUUCCAAAGAUACUUCAAGGACAUUUAAAUGAUAGGCAGACACUACUUAGUCAGAAGUAUCAAGAAUAAGCAAGUAAAGAGACACUAUACUGUCGCUAACUGUAUGGAGCCUAAUGCUUAUCUAGUAUAUCUAGAGCUGCUAAAAGGCAAUAGCAAUGCUUAUUAAGAGAAAUAGGAUUUGUUUUAAGAGAAAUCAGGAGGCAGCUUUUCAAUAACUUGCAAAAAUUACAGAACAUAGUAGGGAGUUUCAAGAAGACUUCAUGAGUAGAAAAAUGAUACCUUUCAAGUUCAAGGUCCAUUGGGUAAAGGUCUACAGAUUCAUCCCUCUGGAACUCAUAUUGCAUUUACAGCAGGCACUGGCAUCCUAGUCUUUGUGGACUUGGUAGCUCAUCUCAUUCGGAAAAAUCUGAACCUUCUCCCUCCAGAUGAGGAUUCGCAAAUCAGCAUCAAAGAUUUCAAGUUCAUUCUAUAUGCUUCUUUCUAGAGUGAACAAGACUCGAUUGCCUAUGAGAUGUGCAAGGGUCUACAUACUUACUGUGAAAGUAAAGGGCUUAAGAACUUCGAGUUUAAUGUUAGGUUCAGUAACGCUGUUAAGACUAGAUGGGAUUAUGGAUUCAUUGAGAAAGUUCUAAGUGUUUAUGGAGACAGAGAAUUACAAAGAGUGUGGGUAUGCGGAAUUCCCAAGAUGAAUGAGGAUUUCCACAGAGCUUUUGAAAAUUUAGCCAAGAAUAACUAGAUUAAAACAACCUAAUAUGAGAUUUUAUGA